AUGGACGACUGGGAUACCGUCACUAAGAUUGGAAGCAGGGCCAACGGCGGCGGCGCUCAACGAGAGACAGUCGUGCGCGGCAAAUCUGCCCUCAACGCAGCGCAACGCAGUGGAGCCGUCAUCGGCACUGAGAAGAAAUAUGGUGCUGGAAAUGCUGCCUCCAGACCCGGCGUCGAAGGCCAACAUCUCACAAAAGUUGACCGCAGCGACGAUAUUGUCAAGCCCGCCACGAUAGGGAAGCAAGUCGGAAGCGUUAUCUCUGAGCAAAGACAGAAGAUGGAGCCAAAGAUGAGUCAGAAGGACCUAGCCACUAAGUGCAACACAUCCCAGAGUAUUGUGGCAGAUUUUGAGAGGGGUACUGCUGCACCGGAUCAGAAGGUUUUGGGGGCUAUGGAGAAGGUCUUGGGUGUUAAGUUGAGGGGUAGUGACAUUGGGGCGCCUCGGUUUGGUCCGAAGAAGAAGUAG